GCCAGAUCACGGAGGGUCCCACAAUAUGGCCUGGGCUGUGAUUUAUCCUGGGUGAGACAGCUUGAGCCCCCUUCCUGGAUGCCAAGACAGCCCUGCUGAGAGAGCCCAGGUGCAGCUCAGCAGGACAACUGAUGGAGUCCCCCAAGGCCCAUCGAAUAUCAGACUGGCUGGCCCCAUAGGGUUGGGAGUAGCCCCUGACCCUCAGUAUGGCCAACACCACUGGAGAGCCUCAGGAGGUGAGCGGCGCACUGUCCCCGCCAUCAGCAUCAGCUUAUGUGAAGUUGGUACUGCUGGGAUUGAUCAUGUGCGUGAGCCUGGCAGGCAACGCCAUCUUGUCCCUGCUGGUGCUUAAGGAGCGUGCCCUGCACAAGGCUCCUUACUACUUUCUGCUGGACCUGUGCCUAGCCGGUGGCAUACGUUCUGCUGUCUGUUUCCCCUUUGUACUGGCUUCUGUGCGCCACGGCUCCUCAUGGACCUUCAGUGCGCUCAGCUGCAAGAUUGUGGCCUUUAUGGCUGUGCUCUUCUGCUUCCAUGCAGCCUUCAUGCUGUUCUGCAUCAGCGUCACCCGCUACAUGGCCAUCGCCCACCACCGCUUCUACGCCAAGCGCAUGACACUCUGGACAUGCGCAGCUGUCAUCUGCAUGGCCUGGACCCUGUCUGUGGCCAUGGCCUUCCCACCCGUCUUUGACGUGGGCACCUACAAGUUCAUCCGGGAGGAGGACCAGUGCAUCUUUGAGCAUCGCUACUUCAAGGCCAAUGACACACUGGGCUUCAUGCUUAUGUUGGCUGUACUCAUGGCAGCCACACAUGCUGUCUACGGCAAGCUGCUCCUCUUUGAAUAUCGGCACCGCAAGAUGAAGCCAGUGCAGAUGGUACCAGCCAUCAGCCAGAACUGGACAUUCCAUGGCCCCGGGGCCACUGGCCAGGCUGCUGCCAACUGGAUCGCUGGCUUUGGCCGUGGGCCCAUGCCACCAACCCUGCUGGGUAUCCGGCAGAAUGGGCACGCAGCCAGCCGGCGGCUGCUGGGCAUGGACGAGGUCAAGGGUGAAAAGCAGCUAGGCCGCAUGUUCUACGCAAUCACACUGCUAUUCCUGCUCCUCUGGUCACCCUACAUUGUGGCCUGCUACUGGCGAGUAUUUGUGAAGGCCUGUGCUGUGCCCCAUCGCUACCUGGCCACUGCUGUUUGGAUGAGCUUUGCCCAGGCUGCUGUCAACCCGAUCGUCUGCUUCCUACUGAAUAAGGACCUCAAGAAGUGCCUGAGGACUCAUGCCCCCUGCUGGGGCACAGGAGGUGCCCCGGCUCCCAGAGAACCCUACUGUGUCAUGUAAAGCAGGCUGGUAGGCAAACAGGCAGGGAGAAGGUUGUGGCCACCACGAUGGGGCCAACUGCAAGGGAGAGGUCGGGCCCCAUACAGGAGCUUUCCUUUCUGAGCUCCAGCUCCAGCCCAUCAAAGCACCCAUAAUCUAGGCACCUUUGCCAACACUUCCCCAGGGUGGGCGACUGGGAAAGAGGCAUUUUUAGUUUUGUGGAGCCUGUCUCCACUGCCUCCUUCUCCACUUCUACAAUUUCAUUCUCCUCUCUCUCAUUCAGAAAAAGAAAACAAAACUGAAAAUGUAGGUUUUUCUACUAACAGCUAAGGAGACAGGCUUUCUUGCUUUAAUGUCUUUCCUGACAUUGCCCAAAAGGGGGAAUUUGUCCUGUAAAAUAGACUUCCAGAGCUCUUAUUGCCCCCUCUGCUCCCUAGUACCUUCCCCUUCCAAGUCCUUUAGCAAGGCCUGGAUAUUUAGGGGAGACACUAAUCCAAGGCUGCUGACAAGGGGGUGCUGGGUUCCCAGGGAGUGGGGAUAUUUAAUUGCUAUGUUGGGUACAGCAUUGUUUUAGGCUAACCCUGGUCCUGAGCCCAGUCUCCUCUCCCUUCCCACCAUUUCCAGACCAUUCAGUGUUUCUUGAGCAUCUGUUUGAAAAGCCAAGAGAGUAGGAAGAGAGGCCUCUGGGUGGGCCCAGGCUAGGUGAAUUCAAACCCCAAAUCUCUCCUGGAUUCACUACUCUUCUGAAGGUAUAAAUUCUUUUAGGGCCUUGGUAACUGAUAGUGGUACCAAUUCCAAGGCACUGUGGACUCGAGUCCAUUCCUAGCUGACCUCUUUUUGUCCCCCUCCAGCCCCUUCUUGGCAGACCUUGGGCUCUGGGCUCUUAGCCUCUCACGUCCUUCCUCCCAACAACCCUCCUCCUCCCUCCCUCCGCCCUUAUCUACACCCAAUGUGGAGCAGACUGCCACCAGAUUCCCCAGUUGGAAGAUCCCAAGCCCUCCUCCCAGGGUCAGGGUACACUCUGGGCUUACUUCAAGGCCAGUUCUGUGGACUGGUGAGCCAAGCUGGCACUCCUUUGCCUAGUCUUGCCCAGAUCCUCUGUCCCACUUUCAUUUCCCAGGAAAUGGGGGACAGGCAGCUGUAUUUAUCCACCUACUUCCCCUUCCCUUUAGAAGCCCCUGUCCUAAGUUCCCUCCGUACCCCAACACAACCCCAGAACUGGGGAAGCCUUGAUUUAAAUGGAAUUGGGAGGGCACUCUAGGCAGGAGAGACAUUAACAAUCCUGGCUGUGGGGUGGCCCUGGAAAGGCAGGCCAGAGUGGCUGAGAGGCUGGCAGUGGGGGACCUGUUCUCUCAGUGAUAGUGAUGGGGGUGCCUUUCCAAAGGGGUGGGGUGGGAAGACCAAGGGGGUGGGGGGUAGAUAGGGUGCAUUCAGGAGGGUUUUCUUCCAUUUCUUUUUUCUAACUGCCUGGAUUCACCAUUGGAUUUUGUAAAUGGAAAAACUGAAAUGAACAAUGCUAUAUUGGAUGUUUUCUCUUUCUGACUGUGUGUCUGUGUCUGUGUCCUGUCUGCGUGACCACCUGUGGGAUGUAGGAUUGAGUGAGACAGUGUGUGUCUGUGUGACUUGCUUUGGGGAGGCACCCCUGAGGAAAACUUGCCUGGUGCACACUGAGCAAAUGCCUUUAUGUGAAGACACAUACAGUGCAUGCACAUACACACACACACACACACACACACACACACACACUUAGCUGAGAGGAGAAGAACCAGAGUCUGUGCCUACAACAGGAAAUAGAGUGGUUGGGAAAUAGAACAUGGAAGCUGCACAUAUGUAUGUAGCAAGAGGGUAGAUUCCUAAGAUCGUCCUCCCUCAGCCUAGGCUGUGAGCAUUGAGUAGAGGGAAAGGGUACUCGAGAACCCCAUCUUCUCCCAAAAGCCUGGAGCCCCAGGUACUAUUCCAAGCCAGGGUCCUUCUCAAAACUCUUAAAAGGUGUUUUUGAAAUUGCACUACCAUCUAAGAAUGUGGACUUAGAAUUGGGGAUCAAAUGCAGGGAAACCUGAUGCAGUUAGGAAAUGUCAUCCUCCUUGCACUCAAAUUAAUGGCUUCUGUGGAGACUGCUCAGUAUGGGUUAGGAGCCCUUCCUAAGGCUCCACUGUAAGUAGCAGGGACUUUGGUUAUCUCUGACUAAAUUCAGAGGGAGAGAUGUCAGAAAGGUGGGGAAGGCAAAAAAAAAAAAAAAAAAAAAGCCUGGGAAGUCUCCCCAGCCAGCCUGCUCCCUGGGCACUAAAUUUACUAUCCAUUUAUUUAUUCUCUCAAGUGCACAGAAUUGAGUUGACUGUAGUCCAUAGUUCUUGGCACACUAUAUCAUCAUUGGUCCACGAGAGGCCCUUUAUUCUUUUGGUUUCAUUUUGUCCCCUCCAUCACCCAUCCCCAAUAUCAUUGUAUCCUUCUCACACAGGCACCCACUCUCAUGUAUUUAACGUAUGUCCUUUGAAUCCACCCUCCAUGAGUUUAUUUACAUAUAUGUGUAUCUGUGAAAAAUAUGUAGUAUUGUUGUGUGUUUU